CUCUCACUUCGCAAUUCACCAAUAUCUUCACCUUUCUCUCUCUUCUCACGAUCACUCAACUUUCUUUCUCCAAGAACCUCUCUUCCUCUAUCGGACAACGAAACGCAAGAAUCUCAGAGAUCUCUCUAUCUCUUCUCGCCGGCAACAAUGCUGACUAACCGGAACCGUCCGAUCAAUACCAUCAGUUUCCUCGUCGUGUUCUUCCUUCUUUCAACCGCAACGGCAGCAAGAAACGAGUCUAACCGAACCCACGGAGCAAACCGGAGGUUUCAACACGCGUACUACUCUUAUCCUCACCGUUCAUGCCAAUCUUUCUCUCGUCCCUACGCACGCUCUAUGUGCAUUGAGCUCGAAAGAAUCCACAGAAGCAGCCGACAGCCACUUUUCUCUCCUCCUUCUCCUUCUCCGCCGGAGAUUGACCAAAGGUACGGCGUCGACAAAAGACUCGUCCCCUCCGGUCCAAACCCGCUUCACAACUGAAACACAUUUUGUAUUGUGUAGAGAAUAAACGAGAUUUCUUGAGGUGCAAGAAAAGAGCUAGUAGCUAGGGUUUCAUCGAGAUUUCUUCUCAGUUGUCUUGUAAAUCUUGUUUCUUUUAACUACGUUCUUGAUGUUUGUUUUCUAUUGCGCACUACUACUACGUUAUGAGCAAAACUAUAUAUUUUGCUAUUUCCACGCUUGUUUUUAAGGUCUUUAUCAGGAAUAUAGGGCAGAAACAAGCUUGGAAAUAGUUUAUUUGUCAAGGAUAUUGCUCUUUUACUUCCUUGUUAUUACUACAUCCAUACAUUGGUGUGAUUGAGACAGGAGGAGGUUGAUGAUCAAGAGAAACACAUGAGUUCCAUUAAUUUGGGAGGCUGUAUACCUCUCUCUCUCUCUCUCUCUAAGGUCUUUGUAUGGAC